UGAUCCUUAGCUUUGUGUCAGAAUGCUGUCUGCCAUGUCUGGUCUGUCUGUUGUUUCUGGCUAACGACACUCGGCAUUUGGUGGCUUUAAUGUUCCGUGCAGCUAAUCUAAAAACCAUCGGCAAAGCGGAAACCGGCUGGCACUUUCGCCGGACGAUGGACGAGCUGGUCCAUGACCUGGUGUCAGCACUGGAGGAGAGCUCGGAGCAAGCUGCACGUGGUGGUUUUGGUGAUGGAGGAGACCAUGCACUGGCAGUGGGAUGUCUACUGAAGAGACAGGCUCGGAAACGGAGGGGAAGAAAACGUCGAUCAGACAACCCACAUCCGCCAUGGGAGACAGGCCACCUCAGCGAGGGUUCAGAGUCCAGUGUGGAGGAACACAAGGACUACCGUGCCAGCGCAGGGGGGGUGUCUGCUGCCAGCAGCCAUGCCCGUGACAACAGUGACUCCGAUGAACAUCUUGGCCCCAAAAGACGACCCCCCCACACAGCUGACCUGGGGCGAAGCAAGAGACCACUUUGGCCCGAUGACCUGGCUGUCCUAGGAUCAGCAGAGGGAACUCGCAGCCUUAGACGUCGGCGUAAGGUCAAACGCAUGGCUGUUGACCCGCCCGCAGAACCAGAACCCCCUUCCAUCGUGCUCGGGCCUCCCCCUGUCCCAAAAGCCCGUGUUGUCGGCAGGCCGCAUAGACUGGGUGCUAACGACUGCCGUGGAGGUGCCAUGGAGCUUUGUGGAGGUGGCCUGAUGGGGUCAGGAGGGGGGAAAAACCGCAUAAAGAAGAGGAAACUAGCAACGAACAGGCUUGGAAUGGAAGCUGCAGAUGAAGGGGUGGUAGUUGAGAGCGAAGACCCCUUUUCUUCUCUGACAGAUGGAUCUAAGGAGAAAAUGGAGCUGGAUGAACAAAAGGGCUCAGAUGAAGACAUGAGUGACAGGUGCGAAACUAGCAGUGUGAGUAACAGCAGUGACGGCGGCCUCUAUACCAAUGAUGAAGGGAGGCAAGCUGAUGAUGAGCAAAGCGAUUGGUUCUACGAGGGUGAGUCGGUGUCUGGUUCUGCGCCCGGUGGUGCAUGUGGGAUAGCAGGAGUGGUUCCCUGGUGGGAGAGGGAGACGGCUUCAGAGGAGCUGGACCUGGCUGAUCCCGUCUUCAGCAGCAUUCUCACGGGUUCCUUUCCACUUCUGAGUACCAGUGGUCAAAGAGGGUUUCAUGCCAGAUUGAGUCGUUUCCAUGGAAACAAGCAGGGACCUGAGGCGGGGCUGCAGGGAAGCUCCAGUCAGGACUUCACUGAAAGACUUAGCAGACAAACCCAGGAUGAGCCCUGGUUUAGCUCAGGCUCGAGGCGAGACCACGGACAGUUGCACUGGGACUCUCGGACAGACAGAGGGCAUCGGAGGAGCUGUUCAGUGAAAACAGCAAGCAGACAGACCAGCGGACAUCUCGGCUCUCUGUGCACGGGGGAUGUCAAGCGGAGGCGAAAGGCAGCCCCCCUUGGUUCCACUGCACCCUCAGGUGUAGUCGGGGAUAACGUGCCUCCCCUCCCAGACUCCAACAUGGGGAACCGUAUGCUGCAGAGCAUGGGCUGGAGCCCUGGGAUGGGCCUGGGUCCGGAGGGAAGGGGCAUCACUGAGCCCGUCCGGGCCAUUCAGAGACCCAAAGGAGCCGGUUUAGGUUUCAACUGACCACCCAGUUCCUGGAUCAGAACCCACAUCUGUGAGGAACAAGACGCCCCUAAAUGGAGGAAGAGAAAUAAAAAUGUCCUUUUUAAAGAUUUUUUUUUUUUUUCUAAACAAAGUCAAGAGUAAUCCAGGCCACAAGAAAUGAGGGCUGGUGUAUCAAGAAUGUCUGUGAUGACACAUUUUCCCAUAUUGGGGAAACUCCAUGAAGCCUGGAAUAUCCACAAAGACUCCUCGUGGUUGAUGGACACUGAGCUGGGGGAAAAAAACAAGUUUUGCUCAAGUUCAACUGAUAAAGUUGCUUCAUCACUUUACCUCUGAUGCCAGUAUUACAGGCCAGGACUCUAGCAUUUUCAACUUCUACUGCACAGGUGUCGGACUGCAGUCCUCAAGGGUCGCUAACCUGCAUGUUUUAUAUCGUCCCCUUGCAUCAGCACCCCUGAUUCAAAUUAACGGUCAUCGUCAGCGUGGCGUCAAGGUCUGCUCAAGUCCGUUGGUGACACGGUCAUGCUUAUCAGGGUGUGUUGACGCAGGGAAACAUCUAAAACAUGCAAGACGGCGGUCCUCGAGGACUCGAAUUUGACACCCCUGUUCUACUGGGAGCAGUGUCUCAGAGUGUGCCAGUGAUGACAUAUUUAGUAUAUUAGUUAGAGAACUAAUGAAACAAAUGCUUUUGACCAAUUUUGCACAACGGUUUUUGAAACAAAGGUUUGAGUAUAGCAUACCUCAAGAUAUACAGUAUUUUAUGUUCCUUUUUAUUGUAAGGAAGAUAGGGUACUCUGCACUAAUGUGAGUGGAUAUAUCUGGAUGUUGAUCCAUUUUAUGAUCAAUUUAAUGGAUAGUCUUGUCGUCAGAAUCCUUUUGUUUUACUACCAAGACAAAAUAUAAAAAUCCAAACUGCAGUUUUUGCUUUAUUUAACAUCACUGUGCAUGCAUGUGCAGGUGAGGCUGCUGCAGGUUUCUGCUGAGGAAACCUUCCUUUUCUUUAAGAGUAAAAAAACAAGUUGUCUAUGUCAUUCAUAAUGUACCUUUUCUUCUCCCCAGUCUUACACAAGAUUCCCAUGUAGACUGUAACAUGUACCAAAUUUUAACUCUGGUGAGAGAUUAAUAAAUUAUGCAGGGGAAGGAAUGUUGCGUUGACUUAAAGGGCUCCUUCUGUCUGUAGUUUAAAGGUAUUUCCACUAAACUUUCAUCAUUUUAUGUAAAGACUGUGGCAAUGGUUUAAUGAGAAUUAAAAAUACCUGUGAAAUAGCAGGCAAAAGGUAAUUAGAUGUGAACUCAUUCCUUCUCCUGAAUUUUAUGUUAAAAGUUGGUGAAGAAAAGAUGUCGUGUUGUACUGUAACAAUUUUUCUUUCCUCUGGAUAAUUAGUUUGUUUUAAUCUUGGAAGGCCAGGGCUAACUCAGAGAAAUUUCAGCAAGUGACAUCAAUGAAAUAUUAAACAAAGUCAUAACGGUAUGAUUUCACAAUUAUACCGUCUCUUGAGGAUAACCCUAUAAUUUGUGUUCAUCAAGUGGUUUGAAUUAAAAGCUUAUUGAGCUCCCUGAUA